AUGCUGUUUCAGCCAAUAUUUAAGAAUUUACGCUUUUUGAUUUUACUUCUUCUAGCCGCCACUGAGCUGCAGGCAAGCACUUUACGAGACGAGGGUAUGGAGGCGAGCGAAGUGCGGACAAAACGUGGACACAGCACAAGUGGCGGUGCACCAAAUGACUACGGUCCAGCUAUAAAAAUCACCUCGAGCAUCUUGCAACUGACCAAGGCAACGGAGGGUGGCACGGCUAUUGGUGAUAUUGGUUUGGAGCAUCAUGAGACCACACUUGAACAGCCUUGGCCGGUCUCUGCUGCCGGUGCUCACUUGCCAGCCGCGCACACCGUUUGGUUGGAGUUGCCAGGAAGACAACAGGAUUUCCACUUGAUUGCCGUGCCGGAUGUAAGCAAUGAUCAUACGCAAUUGUCCCACGAAGGUGCUGGCGCCGCUGGUGGUGCAACCAGUUCUUCAGAUGAUGCUACCUCUUCGCUAUCCAAAGGAUUGCAUACACAGAUAGUGAGCAGCGGUAAAGUCGUAACGCGCGUCAGCGAUAAUCUUGAUUUUGGCGAAGCGGCGGAGGGGAGAGCAAAGAGCAGCUCUCGAACUUCUUAUGGCAGAUAA